AUGCACCUCAUUCAAUAUGCUGUCGAAGCCGACGCGCCGGGCUUGGCUCGAAUCAAUGUCGAAAGUUUCCUAGGACGACGGCUAUUUGCUGAAGUGUUUCCAACGAGCAGCGUGCCUCAGAUGUCGGAAUAUAAAACAAAAGUCGGCAUGAAGCAUCUUGCAGACCCAAAUAUGCACGUCCUGAAAAUCCACGACGAGGCCAGCGGCGAGCUGGUAGCAUAUAGUCGGUGGCUGAUACCCGAGGCUUUGGGAUACGGACCAACUGUGCCUACACUUAGUGAACAGGCUGUCGCGUUCGCCAAAGACCCUGUGGCAUAUGCUCCUCGGCCAAUGAAAGAAGAGGUGUAUAAUGCCUUCAAGCAAAUGCUGGAGAAUGCCCGUAAACGAUAUACAACAGAGAAUGAUAUUGUGCUUGACUUACUAGCAACUUUACCGGCAUAUCAGGGACGAGGAUUUGGGACUGCCGUCUUGAAAUGGGGAAUUGAAAAGGCGGAUACCUCUAAAUCUCGCAUCUUCCUUGAGGCUACCCCCGAGGGUGUCCCUCUUUAUCUGAAGUAUGGAUGGAAACAAUUAGAGGAGGUGACCAUGGACUAUAGGCCAUUCGGGGGCGAUGGAAGCGAAUCUUUUUACCUGAUGAUGAGAGAUCCCUCGAAUUGA